AUGUCUCAAGCAAAUCCCGCUUUCCCAGGUCGCAACGUGUAUGCUUCUUCAUCGAGUAAACUGCCUGAUCGCACAGGCCAGAAGCCUCCAGGAAUCGCGCCUUCCCAACAUCACUCUCAGUCGGCCUUUGGGAGGCGUGCAGAUCAGCCUCACCCAUUUAACCAGGCGCUCGCAUCUCAGCAGCAACAUGGCGCCCAAGGCGCAAGACCAGGCUUGGAAAAGGAACCAAACGUAUUAAGCGAGCUGAGUGAGGAGCAGAGGGAGGAGAUCAAUGAAGCUUUCUCCUUAUUUGACCUCGACCGCGAUCAACAUUUAAACUACCAAGAGGCGCGAAUCGCCUUACGGUCGCUGGGCUUCACCAUUCCCAGGCCUGAAAUAUCUCAAAUAAUGCACACGCAUGGGGUCCCGAAGCCACAGUUCAAGAGAGGGUUGCUAAUGAAAGGGCAAACCACAUACCAUGCGAGCCAGCUGCUGUUACCACAGAAUGCGUUCCAACGUAUCGCCGCGCAAAGAAUAUUCGAGCGCGAUCCUGGUGACGAAGUUGAACGCGCUUUUCUCCUGUUCGAUCCGCAACAAAGGGGAUACAUCGAGGCAGACGACAUACGAAGGGUGGCCCGCGAACUGGGAGAGACCGGCCUCGAGGACGAUGAGGUACAAGCCAUGAUUGAUAUGUUUGACUACGAUGGGACUGGCACGGUUUCAAAAGAGGCAUUUUAUACCAUUUGUCUUCAAUGA